AUGAUACCAGUGUGGCUUGACGUAGAUCCUGGCCACGACGAUGCCACCGCGAUUAUGCUCGCGCUGCACAGCCCGAAUAUAAGGCUCCUGGGAGUCUCAUCGGUACACGGCAACACGUCCGUGGACGAUACAACGCGCAACGCAGCACGAUGCCUGCACGCGUUCGGCGCGCCUCCGCAUAUCAGGGUGCACCGCGGGGCCGCGAAGCCGCUGCUGAGGCCCGUGAGGCACGAUCCGGAGAUCCACGGCGAGGACGGCCUGGGAGGCGUCGAGGGUUUAGCUUACGCCGAGAGUCCCGAGGUGCAAGCGUACCUGGCGAGGGAUGAAGAUGGGAAUCCAGUCCCCGCGCUAGAUGGGAUGGUCGAUGCUAUCAAGAACACUUGGAGGAAAGGCGACGGGCAGAAGGUGACGGUAAUCUCGUCUGGACCGAUGACGAACAUCGCGAUGUUCGUGAGCCAAUAUCCGGAUUUGCUCGUCGCUGUCGAGCAGUUCGUGUUUAUGGGUGGCGGAGUAGGGCUAGGCAACAGAUCAGCCGUCGCAGAAUUCAACAUCCUGUGCGAUCCGGAAGCCACCCAAAUCGUCCUCGACGCACCAGUGAAAACAGUCAUGAUCCCCAUCAACGUAACGCACAAAGCGAUCGCAACGCGCUACCAACACGCCCGCCUGCGCUCGUCAUCUUUCCAGACUCCCGACAAUAUAACCACCUUUUGUUCGGAUGACGCGCCGCUCCCUAUACCAUCCAACAACGUCCGCCACACGCUCUCGACGAUCGUGAGCUUCUUCGCGGACACGUAUAAAUCCACAUUUGGGUUCCACGAUGGCCCGCCACUGCACGAUCCGCUGACGAUCGCGUAUGUCUCUGCGCCAGAGCUGUUCAAGUGCACGCGCUACCGCGUGGACGUCGAGUUGCAGGGGGCACAUACGACUGGCGAGACAGUUGUAGAUCUGUGGAACUACAGGUCGUGCGACGAUACGUGGGGCUCGAUGGGGAAAAAUUGUCUCGUUGCGGAGGGUCUCGAUGUUGACGCGUUCUGGGAUCUGUUCAUGCUCGCAGUUGAGAAGUGCGACGGGGCUUCGCCGUUGAACAUGAACAAGGCGCACUGA